AUGAAUGAUGAGGAGCUACGCAUGUUUGUCGACGUUGACGGCACAAUAUCCUGGAUCAAAGAGCACGAAUAUUCUCGUGUUGCCUUGCAAUUCCCGGAUCAGUUUCUUUGCUUUUCCUCAGCGAUUGCAGUUAUCAUUGAAAAAGAAUUUGGUGGCGGUGUGAAAACGUUUAUUUUGGCCAACACUGCAUGUCGGAGCUGUUGUGUGGAUGUCCUGGGGGCGAGCCAAUGUGCUGCUGAUUGCAUCGUUCAUUACGGUGAUUCCUGCAUGACGGGAACAAGUAAUCGUCUCCCAGUGCGAUAUGUGUACGGCAAUAUGCCGGUGGAAUGCGGGAAAUUGCGGAAAGCACUGGAACAGCACAAAGAUAAAUUUGAGCAGAAAUGCUGCCUUCUGUACGAUGCAAUGUAUGCAAGUAGCGGAGAUAAAUUAUUCAAAAUAUUGAAAGAGUUUUUUGGCACGGGGUCUCUGUUUCACUGUGAACUUAUUGAAAGGUGUGGCGCCACGGAUCCCAGUACAUCUGAUGCGACGAAUUGUUUGGGACGACGAGUGCCAAAGGAUGACGGUAACUGGACGGUUCUAUUUAUAGGUGAAGAAAGCAGUCCACUCUUACCUCUGUGGUUAAUGAGCAAUCUCAGCUGCACAACUCUUUUCACAUUUUCUCCCGUUACACUGCAGUGCUCAUUUUCGAGGACUCAUGCCAGUGUGCAUUUGCGAAAACGAUUACUUUUGAUCGAAAAAUUGCGAGAUGCCCGAACGGUUGGUAUUGUUGUGAAUACGCUGGAUACGGUUGGAUAUGGAGAAGCUAUAGAACGAACAAGGAAGCUCUGUGCCGUUGCCGGGAAAAAAAGCUACACAUUAGCUGUCGGCCAGAUAAACGUACCAAAACUGUCGAAUUUUGCUAAUGAUGUAGAAGCAUUCGUUGUGCUUUCGUGCCCCUAUGGCGUGAUUUUGGAUGUUUCUGAUUAUUAUCGUCCAGUUGUAAGCCUUUUCGAAGCAGAAGUAGCCCUAAAUUCGAAACACUUGUGGUUAGCUGGUGACGGAUGGACCGCUGAAUUCAAAAAUUUUAUCCACGAUGAAAUAGGCAAAACGGCCGAAGAAAAUACGGAGAUGAGUCUUGUUACGGGUAAAAUUCGCUCAAUGGGUAUUGCGGAAGUUGAUAGCAACGAAAAUUCUUGCACCGCACUAUCAGCGUACUCAGCCGGCGAUUAUUUUUCCGGAAGGACAUGGAAAGGACUUGAUGAUGGUUAUGCUGUUGAAAAUACUGGCAUUCAAGAAGGCCGCAGUGGUGUCGCAUCGCAUUAUAAAUCUGAGCCAUCCGAGAUAUCCCAGUGA